UAGUUGCUUUAAUCCUCCCCGGUGAUGUUUUCCUCAGUUUGAAGUUAGUCAACAAGAAAAAAAGGUUAUGUUAUCACCGCCACAUUAGAAAGAAAAAUCAUAUUUUAACUUGAAAAUGAGCAGUAGUUCUACUUCCAAGGAUGGACCAUCAGCAAAGCGAUAUCGUAGAGAUGAUGACGAAAAAAGCAGUUCAGACUCAGAUGACAAUUAUGUUCCCUAUGUGCCAGUGAAAGAAAGGAAGAAGCAGCAGCUUUUGAAACUUGGUAGACUUGGGCAGUUAAAAGAUGAAGGAAAGACCAAAUCGUCAAGUGAAAAUGAGAAUGAGAAUGACGAAGAAGAUGGACAAGUGUGGGGACGAAAAUCAAAUAUCAGUUUGCUUGAUCAACAUACAGAGCUGAAAAAGUUGGCUGAAGCCAAGAAAGAAAGUGCCAUGGAAAGACAACUAAAAGAAGAAGAACGUAUCCUUGAAAGUGUUGCAGAAAGCAAAGCACUUAUGGGUGUUGCUGAGCUUGCUAAAGGCAUUCAGUAUGAAGAUCCCAUUAAAACAAGCUGGCGAGCACCUAGGCCCUUUCAUCGAAUGUCUGAAAGACGUCAUGAACGAGUCCGUAAAAAGUUACAUAUUCUUGUCGAGGGUGAAGGUGUGCCCAUACCUCUCAAAAAUUUUGCAGAUAUGAAACUGCAUCGUGGCAUUGUCCAAGGGUUGGCUGCAAAAGGUAUCACCCGUCCAACUCCUAUUCAAGUUCAGGGUAUUCCUACAGUGUUGUCUGGCAGAGAUAUGAUUGGCAUUGCUUUCACUGGAAGCGGUAAAACAUUGGUGUUUGUAUUACCCAUCCUUAUGUUUACAGUUGAACAAGAAACUAAAAUGCCUUUUAUCCGUCACGAAGGGCCCUAUGGUCUGAUCAUUUGUCCAUCCAGAGAAUUGGCCAAACAGACUCAUGAUAUAAUUCUUUAUUAUUCAAAGCACAUGCAACAAUGUGGUGCUCCAGAGAUACGGUGCUGUCUAGCAAUUGGUGGGGUUCCUGUAUCAGAAUCCUUAGAUGUUAUAAACAGAGGUGUGCAUAUUAUGGUUGCUACUCCUGGAAGACUCAUGGAUAUGCUUGACAAAAAAAUGGUCCGAUUGGAUGUCUGCCGAUACCUCUGUAUGGAUGAAGCUGACAGAAUGAUAGACAUGGGAUUCGAGGAGGAUGUGAGAACCAUCUUUUCCUUCUUCAAGGGUCAAAGGCAAACCUUGCUUUUCUCUGCCACAAUGCCCAAAAAGAUCCAAAAUUUUGCUCGUUCGGCUUUGGUGAAACCAGUCACAAUAAAUGUUGGCAGAGCAGGUGCUGCCUCAUUGAAUGUUAUUCAGGAAGUUGAAUAUGUAAAGCAGGAGGCUAAGGUUGUAUACCUACUAGAGUGCCUUCAAAAGACAACACCUCCUGUAUUAGUGUUUGCUGAAAAGAAACAGGAUGUGGAUGCUAUACAUGAAUAUCUUCUUUUGAAAGGUGUUGAGGCUGUAGCAAUCCAUGGUGGAAAAGAUCAAGAAGAAAGAUCGCGGUCAGUUGAAGCUUUCCGUAGAGGUGAAAAAGAUGUCCUUGUGGCUACAGAUGUUGCAUCAAAGGGUCUUGACUUUAAUGAAAUACAGCAUGUUAUCAAUUAUGAUAUGCCUGAUGAUGUUGAAAAUUACGUGCAUCGUAUUGGUAGAACUGGCAGAUCAGGGAAAACUGGAAUAGCAACAACGUUCAUUAAUAAGGCUAAUGAUGAAUCAGUUCUACUCGACCUCAAACAUCUUCUACUUGAAGCAAAACAAAAAGUCCCUCCCUUCUUGGCUGCUCUGCAGUCUGAUAAUGAGAAAUAUCUUGAUCUUGGAGAUGAGAGGGGAUGCAGUUACUGUGGUGGUCUUGGUCACAGAAUCACUGACUGUCCCAAGUUGGAAGCCAUUCAGAGCAAGCAAGCUUCCAACAUUGGCCGCAGAGACUAUUUGGCCAGUAAUGCUGCUGAUUGGUAGGGUUAUUGAAGCAACUGCCAAAUUAAAGAGGAAAUUUUCAAGAGGAGCUGCAAAACCUCUUUUACGCAGCUCUUCUACCGACACCAUAGCCCGGCCCUCAGAAUCAGUGACAUUUGAGAGCGAUCUGUAAGGUAAAUGAAGAAAAGUAAACACAAAUAUAAUUCUAUGUACCCAAAUUGUGAACAUUUAGUAUCUAAUUUACAAAAUAUUUAAUGUAUACAUGAAAAAAAUUAAACUAAGUAGAAUAUAUUGGAAA